AUGGCCUCUUCCAAUCUCUACAUCAUCCUUGUCACUCUAGCAAUUUUUGCCCCUUCAGUUUUGGCAACAGAUUAUGUCGUAGGCGACGAUAAAGGUUGGACGAUUAAUUUCGAUUACCAAGCUUGGGCUCAGGGAAAGUCAUUCUAUGUUGGCGACAAUCUUGUUUUUAACUAUCCAAAAGGAGCCCACACUGUGCUCAAAGUGAACGGCACUGGAUUUCAACAAUGUGCAGCUCCAUUAGACAGUGUGCCAUUAACAAGUGGAAAAGAUGUGAUCAACCUUGCAACCCCAGGGAGAAAAUGGUACAUUUGUGGUCUUGGCCAGCACUGUGAAUUGGGGAACCAAAAGCUUCUUAUAACUGUGCUGCCAUCUUCAUCUUCAUCUGCUCCAAGUCCAAGCCCUAGCUCAUGGCCUAGUAAGGCAUCUGCAGCAACUAUAACUGUUGGAACAAGAUUUGCUUUGAUGAUGCUUCUUACUAUUGGCUUUCUUGGGAUGCUCGUGGCUUGA